GCUACUCCGACAGACCACGUGGUUUCCUCUUUGCAAACAAAAAAUUAGUAAAUUCGACUCGCUUUAGAGGCGGUGCCGUCGCCAGGCAGUAGGAUCUGUAUGACAGUGCAAGGGUACAGCUCUACGCUGAGGGGCAGAUAGAGAGAAAAGAAUUUCUCGCGAUCCCGCCAUACUUCUCUACCACUAUUCCACCAUCACAUUAAUAUAGAGCAAUACCGUUUGCUACACGCUGCAGGAAAUUCGCCAGGAUUGCUACAAUCAAGGAUUCUCCACUCGCCAGCGGACUUCAUCGGGCUGCUACGUUACUGUUAGGCGAACUUUCCCCGUAUUAUUUUAAGAUUCCUCUUCGAAAUUCUUUCGUUUUCAGCUGCAACUCGUUGAAAUUUACACGUGCUUUCAUAUUUAGCGGUCUCGAUAUAUAUACAUAUAUAUUGGACAAAUAGUCCCCCGUUUGUAGAAAAGUUUUUUGUUUUGAGUUCUGGUAUUUUUUUUUUACGGGGGGGAAGCAUUGAUAUUUUUUUUUCACAAUGAACAAGCUAUAUAUUGGAAAUCUGAAUGAAAAUGUGACCGCAGAGGACUUGGUUAAAACCUUUGAAGACUACAAGAUUCCUUACUCUGGACAGUUUCUAGUGAAAACGGGAUACGCGUUUGUUGAUUGCCCGGACGACCAAUGGGCUAUGAAAGCAAUUGAAACAUUUUCUGGUAAAGUGGAACUUCACGGCAAACGAAUUGAAGUAGAACAUUCUGUCCCUAAGAAACAAAGGACCAGGAAACUCCAGAUUAGAAACAUUCCACCGCAUUUACAAUGGGAGGUGCUUGAUGGUCUGCUUGCACAGUAUGGAACCGUUGAGAACUGUGAACAAGUUAACACAGAAAGUGAGACAGCUGUGGUGAAUGUCACUUAUGGGACUCGGGAGCACGCCAGACAAGCGAUCCAAAAGCUGAAUGGCUACCAGUUUGAGAACAACACUCUGCGAGUGUCCUACAUACCUGACGAGAGUUUGGACGGUGACGCCCAGCGCAGCCCUGACAACGGUCGCCGCUCUGGAUACGGUUCCCGUGUCAACUCCAGGCAGGGGGCCCCUGGCACAGGGAUGCCCUCCAAGCAUCAGCACACUGAUAUACCUCUCCGUUUGCUUGUACCAACCCAGUAUGUGGGCGCCAUCAUCGGCAAAGAGGGUGCCACCAUCCGUAACAUCACCAAGCAGACUCAGAGCAAGAUUGAUGUCCACCGUAAAGAGAAUGCCGGGGCUGCAGAAAAGCCCAUCAGCAUCCACUCGACUCCCGAAGGCUGCUCGGCAGCCUGCCGUAUGAUCCUCGACAUCAUGCACCAGGAAGCCAAAGACACCAAAACUGCUGAUGAGGUGCCUCUGAAGAUCCUUGCCCACAACAACUUUGUAGGUCGUCUGAUCGGCAAAGAGGGGCGUAAUUUGAAGAAAGUGGAACAAGACACUGACACUAAGAUCACCAUCUCGCCGCUGCAGGAUCUGACCCUGUAUAACCCUGAGAGGACCAUUACAGUGAAAGGUGCCAUUGAGGCCUGCUGCCUGGCCGAGCAGGAAAUCAUGAAGAAAGUGCGAGAGGCCUAUGAUAACGACAUCGCUGCCAUGAAUCAACAGACGCACCUCAUCCCUGGACUGAACCUUGGAGCGCUUGGCCUUUUCCCUCCAUCCUCCUCCAUGCCUCCUCCUCCCCCUGGAAACCCAGGGGUUUGUCCCCCAUACGGCUCCUUUGGGGCUCCUGAGCAGGAGACGGUCCAUGUGUACAUCCCCGCACAAGCAGUAGGAGCCAUCAUUGGCAAGAAGGGCCAGCACAUUAAGCAGCUGAGCCGCUUUGCUGGAGCCUCCAUUAAGAUUGCUCCUGCAGAGACGCCUGAUUCAAAGAUGCGCAUGGUCAUUGUUACUGGUCCACCCGAGGCCCAAUUUAAGGCUCAGGGAAGAAUAUACGGCAAGCUGAAGGAGGAGAACUUCUUUGGACCGAAGGAAGAGGUGAAGCUGGAGACGCACAUCAAAGUAGCAGCAGCAGCUGCUGGCAGAGUUAUUGGGAAGGGUGGAAAGACGGUGAAUGAGCUACAGAACCUAACUGCAGCUGAGGUGGUGGUUCCUAGAGAGCAGACUCCUGAUGAGCAGGACCAGGUUAUUGUCAAAAUCAUCGGCCACUUUUAUGCAAGUCAGCUGGCCCAAAGGAAGAUCAGAGACAUUUUGACACAAGUUAAGCAGCAGCAGAAAGGUGGCAUGGGAGGCUCUCAGGCAUCUCACCCACAGAACCUGUCAGAGCUUGGGCCCCACCAGGGAAUGCCCCAAGAGCCUAGGAGGAAGUAACAGGCUCCAGCCCGAAACUGGACGGACAGACGGAUGGACAGACCGAGGAGAAACAGCGGAUGGACUGACAGAGAGAGCAACACACAGACCCAGCGGUAGACAGGGAGAAAAGAGCAUUUAACAAAGAGGGGAAUAAAAAGGAAAUAAAAAUGCCUGAGAGAGUACAAGAGUUUAGAGAAAAGAAACUAGAACUUUGAGUGAUUUAAAAAUAGGUUAAAAAAAAAAAGAAAAGAGAGAGAGAACUAGGAAACAGAGACCAGAUGCCAGGUCGACUGACUGGGGAUGGCAGGGAUUCCUUGUGGCAGCUUAUGAAAUAAUCAUGGCAACGUGGCCUUGAGAGUCUUAAGAGAAGCUCUCAUGAAUUGUAUCAUGCUUAGGGCACCCCUGCCAUCACCAAUCAUUCAAGUAUUUUAAGGGUGUUUUUUUAAGAAGAGCUAUAUGUAUAGAAAUGUUUAUUCAGAGGUAUUAUUAUGAAAUGCAGUGAGGCAGAGGUGGGGAGAGGGGAGCGGAGAACCCAUCACAUUGAGUCAAUAAGGUGGCUCAUCCUUUGCCUACAGGAAAUUAAGGGAGGGGCCAUAGCUGUUAACACUGCUCUUUAAGUCCCUGGCAGUAAACUGUUGGGGGUAAGGACAAAUAAAGAAGAAGAAAAAUGAGGUUGUAAAUAUAAUCUUCAUGAAUUUGUGUUGAAGCACAGUGAGGGUACAGUAAGUGGGCGGGCCGAGGCUGACCCUGCAGUUCUAUUGCAGAGGCUCAGCUCCGAGAUGUAAACUUCACCUCCAGCCCUGAACUACGCCCGCGAUGCUCGUUGGCGCGUGGCCCACGCCCAAAUGGCAUAUUUUAUAUAUAUUAUAUAUAUAUGAUAUGUGAGUUAACCUGGCCCCUCAGAGAGCAGAGAAAAUGGCAGUGGAAUGGGAAUGUGGCACUGGGAUCAGACCAUCUUUCACAGAAAUCUUUUGAUAUUUAAAAUCAUCUUUCAGUAUCUGGGUUUUGCUGGCGUAUGUUUUUAACCAUGAUUUAACCAAACACUACUGAGUGAAUUUCUGAGUUCUGAAUUUUUAAAAAAUCUGAUAUUACUUGCAGAGGGAAGAUGGAAUGGGAUUAAAUUAUCAUCCAAGUAAUACAAAUUCGAUUGACCUUGACAGCACGAGCAAUCUUCAAACAGUCGUGUUAACUUGAUGAAUGAAUUUGGCCUUUGAUUUAAGAUCACGUGAAAGAUACAGCCUCCCAUGGCCCAGCUCUCCACCCUGCCUUUAGGUCAGAGGUCAACAGCGGGUGAUGUCAAAAUGGCUUCUGCACUCUCUCUCUCUCCCCUACUCCAUUCGAUGUAUGCUGAUGAGGAGGCCAGAAAGCUGGCUUUCUUCACUCAUCUUCGAACAGAUUAGAUAGAAAAAAAAUAGAAACCUACCUCAGGGUAUUGUUACCUCAGUAUUCCUAACGGCUUUUUUUUUUUUCUUUUCCUUUUUUUGGCUUGCUGGUGUUUUAUAUAAAAGCUGAUAGUCCUGAAUAUUUUAUUUUUUUAAGGAAAAAAUAUUUUUAGUUAUUGUUGGAUAUUUUUUUUCUUCCCCCUAGCUUUCGCGUGUAUGUGAGUGUGUAUGGAUGGUACCCCACACCUUUCCACAUUUUAUUUCAAAAAGAUCCAUAUAGGCAAGAGUCUUACCAAUACCAAUGCCGUGGCAGAUUCUUUAGUUUACCCUGGACCUAUAACCAACUGACUUUUGAAGUCUCUGGCUUUUUGUGUAGUGGUGUGACAGUCAUGGUGUUUUAUCUCCUGACUCAAAUGGGCAUGAAAGGCUUACAAGCGUAUGAAUAUUAUGCACUGAAGGCCUGGAGUCUGCCUUGGUUACCAGGUUUGUGCCAUGACUGUAUUUUGAGAAGCAGCCCAGUGGCAUCUCGGUAACUACGUCAAGUUUAGGUUCAGCAUAGUACUUACUCAUCAUCCUAUAUGUACGUGUGAUGGGAUGCGUGUUUUGGUUUUUGUUUUUUUUCUAAAAAAAAAAAAAAAAAAGAAAAGAGAACGAAAAGGAAAACAGUUUAAGUGUAUAGUUUUUUUUGUUGAUGAAAAGUGGUUUGGGUGUUAAAGACAGAAUAAAGACAUCCUAUCCUAUGGUCUCAGUUAAACAUUUUUUAACUGAAUGAGAAUACUUUGGAAAAUGGGAGCGAAAAAUGAAGAAAGCAGUCACUUAACAACAGAGACAGAUUUAACCUGUAUAUAAAUCGCUAAAAGAAAUACUGCAACUGAAAACAUUUUUUGUAUUUUUUUAAUGAAAAAAAAAUACGUGGACAAAGCUGGGCAAUAUGUAGCGAUUUGUGAUGCGAAAGAUUAAUAGAUACUGCCAGAAUUCUUUUUCAAUGAGUACACAUUCCACCUGCGCAUGGCUAAAUGGCGCCUUUUUGUGUACUCGUUUUCACUCACGGGUUGAAAUCGUUGCUUUUUGUUCACGCUUCCCUUUUUCUCAGUAGACACCAGUGUUCGGGUUGCAUUGAUGUGGAAAAUUUCCUCCUCCUCCUCAGGUGGGAAGGAAGUCUGUCUCUCUCUCUAGCCUGUAGAUUUCUGUCAGACCCUAAGACACACACACCACUUUAGAUUUGUUCAGACUGCAGCCUUUUGUUUAACAGCAAGCUUUAUUUGGACAUGACAUCUGGUUGUGUACUGUUUCAUCAGUUUUAGACGAAAAAAAAGAAAAAAAAAAAGAACAUAACCGAAAAAUCUUUAGGAUAUUUGUAGACUGGGGAAAUAUGGAGUCAAGCUGUUCAAUUUUAAAUUGGAAUGUAAGAUGUAAAAGAGUUGAGAGGAAGAUGGGCCGACAUUUUUUUUUUCGUCUUUUCUUUUUUUUAAAAAAUAAAAUAAAAUAAAAGGUAGACAUUUAUUAAAGCCAACUUAAACAUAGUUUAGGCUUUAUGUUCUCACAGAUUUGCUGGAUAUUAAUUCUAGGUCACUAAAAUGAGUAGUCAUGCAGUGCUGCUGAAUGUAUGAUGAAUACUACACUCAUCUCCCUCCUCUCCUUUUCACUUAUUUCGUCCUCCAUCUAUUUCUCCUUUCAUCCCUGUAUGCAACUUGCAAGUUGUUUUUCCUUUACUCACAUUAUUUGCUACAUGUGAAUGACAUUUUGUUGUUUGGGUUUGGUAUAGACCUUGACCCUCUCUCACGCUGGCCUUGUUUGUGUCUGUUUUCUCAGUUCUGUUCAGUCGUUUGACCCUUAAUUUCAGCCCCCCCCCCCCCCCCCCCCCAAUUUUGUAUUGCCUUCAAUUGGAUCAGUUAUUCUCUCUCUCCCUCUCACGCUCUCUCUCUCUCUCUCUCUCGAUCAGGUUUCUUUAGAAAAGCACAGAGAUCUCUUAUACUGCUAUUAGAUCAUUUUAAAAUACUAACCAGUUACUUGUAAUGCAGUUAACACCUGUGCCAAACAGAUUUUUUUUUUCAUUUACUCCGUAAAGACCCGAUAUAGGUUGUUCAAACUGUUUUAGUGUAGUGUGAAGACUAAUAACUUCCACUUCAGCACUCGCUCUGUUUAAGAAAGAAAAAAUACAAAAUACCACCCAAACCUGUAUACUAUAAGUUUCAGGAACACAACUGCAUGUUUAUUUUGUGAUUCUUAUGCAAUUCCUUCACAAGGACUGUUAAUACUCUGGAAAUCAUAGAAUUAUAAAAGGAUAAAAAUAAAAAAAAGUGCACAGAUUUAGACAUAGGCAACAGAUCUAACCUCAUACUAGUCCGGUGUAGCAGACAGACAAAUGCACACCACAGGAAAUUCAUCCUACUAGUUUCUGGCCUUCGCUCAAUGAAACCAUUUGGGUGCUAAUGACGAAUUUAACCUCACAUAACUAGGAAACGCUACCUCAAGACUUAGCCAUAAGAUUGUUUUAUCAACCUGACAAGAGCGAAAGUGCAUGUUACUUUUUUCACUUUAAUUUCUUUAAUUUAUUAUUAUUAUUUUCCUGUUGCUUCUAGUUUUUGUUUUCAAUCACUCUUUUAUUUUAGAGUUGAGGCCAUGAUGGAGGGAAGGGAGGUGAGGAUUUGGUGAGCAGAGAUGAUCUGGGUGUUUGAUGUUGGGAGGAUUUGGUUUGUAGACAAACAGUGAAGGAUCAGGAACAUGGAGAACCCUCUAGUUUAAACUACACAUAGUGUCACUACUCAGCCAUUUCUUGAGAGCACGCAAAAGUGUGAAGUAUUGCCUUCACUCCUCAUAUGUAAAUACCCACUAAAGGAGAAGUGCUCAGUAACCCUCAAACACAUUACUCUACCUCCUGAUUCUACUUAUUUUCGACCUCCCAUUAAACCAGUGCUCCGUACAAACAGCCACAGAGUUCACUUUGUUGUGGUGUUAAAAGUUACCCGGACAUGUGUACUGGUGUUUCUUUUGUAAUGACUGAUGUUGGAUGUGACAGAGUUCCAGAUCAGCAUCAAGGGAAACUGGAAUCCCUCUCUUCCUCAGCUUUCCACCCUAUAGUCCUUCCUUUUAAUUUUAUCUUCUUCAGUCAAGGAGCACGAUACCUAUAUUCAAGUAAUUUUUUUGGUUUUUUUGGUUGAUCUACCUCUUAGAGAACAAAUGAAUAAAUAGGACAAAUGUAAAGUGGGGAAAAAGGACAAAAAAAAGUCUUUGUUUUGAAAAAGUCUCAAAUGAAAAAGUAAUAAAAUAAUUAAUGAUGUAAACAACUGGGUAGAAGAAUCUCCAUAUACUGUAGUGGAUAGUGUAUUAAUUAAAAACAAAAACUUUUUCUUCCAAAGAUGAUUUUUUUUUUCGCCAUUGUUUAGACCAUUAUUCAAGAUUGAUUUAAAUAAAAAUAAAUGGAAAGGGGAGGGAAAGUAAAAAGAAAAAUAUCAAUUUCAUUAUUCAAUAUCCAAUAUUUUUUUUCUUUUCAUUCCUCAUUAGAUUGACUUAUGUUUUUAAGUUUGCAAUUCUUCAUCCUUUAUUUGAUAAAUUUUUCUGAUUGCUUUUUUGGAAUGACAUAGGAUUGUAUCUCAUUUUGGAUGCAUUAGAAUUUUCUCUCUCUCUCUCUCUCUCUCUCUCUCUCUCUCACUCUAUGUGAACUGCAACAUAGUACUCAUUGAGACAUUGCAGAGCAGCAUGAUACUGAAAUCAAUUCUUUCUAAUUUUUUUUUAAUCUGUAUUGAUGCAACAGGCAAGUAAGGGCCUAUUUAGCUGACUAGGGCACAGUUUAGGAGGAGGAGAGGAAGAAGAGUGAUGUAUCACGUCUAGCCCCACCCCACAGCCCCCUCUUAUGCCAGGUGCCAUGGACACUAUCUGGACUUUCACCUUUCUGCCUGCCAAUUUUCUUUCAUUUCUCAUCCAUAUUUGUUCUGAACUUCUUGUAAACAAUACAGAGCAUAGAUAUGAAUGUGUUAUUAAAAGAUGAAAAAAACGGUAAA